AUGUUGACUGAAUUGUUCAGUGGAAGCGGAGUGCAUUUUGGGGGUGGUCCUUGGCCAGCUCUGGUCGACGAAGUAGAUCCCGAUGUUGUCUUCCAUUUUGGGGAUGGAAGCAAAAUCGAGGCUGAAGAACAGGCGGAGAUCAAGAGUAGAAAUGAAAAUGAAUUUCCUUUUGGGGCUGCACCCCUGGACUGUUGUGUCGACCCAGAUUCUGAGGUUAUCCUUCCUUGGGAGGUUGACGGAAGCUCAUUUACUUUUGAGGAGCCUCAAGCCUCAACCGAGUACACUCCUCUAAUAGUAGAACCUGAUGUAGGUAUAACAAACAAAACAUAA